CGUGAGAGCUGUGCCCGGCGCAGGGCCUCAGUACAGAGCCAUUGGAUCAAGACCACAGACUUAUGGGAGCUCGGCAUACUCUCCUGCAUACACUCCUUCCAGGACGGACAACAGCGGUGCAAUGCAUUGCAUGUUCUGUCUGUUGACGGUACUUUUUCCUCCCGUUCUCUGCUGCUGGAUCUUGUACUGCCUCACAAAGGACUGAUUUAGUAUACAUCAGACCUACGAUCUACGCUGACUACUAAAAUAGCUAGCUACAAUGUCAUAUGUUUCAUAGAGCUAUCUUCGGCGAAGAUGACGCAGGCUGCAUCUUUAUUGGUAGGAUAAUAUAACAGUAAAGGAAUACAUCGCACUCUAACCUGGCAGCAGCGGUGCUUGAAAGUAAAAAAAAAGCAGUGUGCUGCGCGCCGCGGCGGACCGGACCACUGACACGCAUGCGCAAUGUGUCAGGCCUUUGCGCAUGCGUACGCGCGUAUAUUUAGCGCGAGAGCGCACGCAAUCCGCAGCAUGCAGGAGUAGCAGAGAGAGGACGAUAUAAUGGCUCUGGUAGGCACUAGAGUGGAAGCGAUCCGAGAGGGCAACACGAACCUCACCGUAAAGACGGACAUAUUGCUAGAUCCAGAGACGGGGCUGGUUGUUGAGCGUAAGACAGUAGUGGCGGAAGUGCAGACGGAAGACGGCAAAACUGCAGUGAUUGCCGGCCAGAGGACAACCGUAGCCGCCGUACAGCCUAGGCCUUCCCCUGUACCACAACGGAGAGCUAUUCAAGCAGCUCCAGCACAGCAGCAGAGUCCCCAAUACAUCAUCAUAGCUCCUGAGCCACCAAGACAGCCCACACCACAGCACGUGACAAGGGAGCCACCUCGUACCGUACACUACUCAGCCCCUCCGUCUCCUCAGCACUACAGGAGGAAGAGGAGCGCCGAGGACAAGUGCGCCAUUCACUGCGCCUUCUGCUUCUUCAGCCUGUUUUUCCCUCCGCUCUUCUGCUGCUGGCUCCUCUACUGUUGUUCUAGUGAUGAUAACUGACGGAGACUGCAGUGUAAUUGACAUUUUAUACUGCAGUCUGCAGCUUACCAUGAAUAUUAUUGUGUGCGGAACUAUUAUUGAAUUUUUAACGCAGACGCCAGACCCGCACGCAGCGCUGUAAACAAUCGGUGAAGAAAUGGCUGUAGUUAGUACUAAAGUGGAGGUUAUGCGGGAAGGCAACGCGGAAGUGGCGGUGAAGACGGAGCAAGUGCUCGACGUCGAAACAGGUCUGGUCCUGGAGCGAAAGACUAUCGUGGCAGCCGUACCGACGAAAGACGGGAAAACUGCAGUCAUCGCCGGCCAACAAACCACGUUGGCUGCCGUCCAGCCUAGAUCCGGUUCUUCACAGCAGCUAAGAGCUAUUGAGGCAGCUCCCAGCAGGAGUUCUGGCAGUGUCUACCGUGAGAGGAGCAGCAGUAGUGAUGGCAGCUGCGGUGAUUUCAUGAUGCACGCCUUCUGCUGCGUUUCGUCUGUGAUUUUCCCUCCGUGCAUCUUGUGCUGGUUGUGGUACUGCUGCAUCAAAUGCUCUGACUAAAAUACAUUCUGUGCAGUUAUGGACUAGCAUAGCUAGGAGCACUAGACAAUAGCUAUAGAGUUAGGUGAUGUUAUAAGAAAGAAUGAUAAACCUUCCUGUUAUUAUAUUAGCUAGUGCAAUCAUGAUAAUGAUAAGUUUUGUUUAUAGUGGUGGAGGAGGUACAUGAAGACAGUCACGGCUCCAAAAACGACAGUGCUGAUCACAAUGAUGCUGUAUUCUGCAGCUCUCAUCAGAGGAACUCUAUCAACAUAGACCUGAAAUAACAAACAUCAGUCGCCAUACAUAAUAGUGACCUAGCUAUGUGUGUUAUUAAACUCGGGAAAUAAGCAU